AUGGCUUCCACGUACUUUGCAGAACUUCACCUUGCCUUCCAGCGAUGGGCCGAUCAUCCCCAAGGUGGAUAUUUUGUAACCGGCGUUGUACUGUCACUGGCCGCAAUACUCUUUGGUGUCGUGAUACACUUGACCUCCAGCCCGACACCAAAAGUCCCGAUUCUACUCAAUGAUGAGAUUGGAAAUGCAAGGAAGCGUGCUCUCGAGUAUUGUUUCAAUCCCCGAGCCGUCAUGGCCAAAGGAUAUGCCAAGUUCAAAAAUGAAGUCUUUGGGCUCGAUACACAGGACGGGGUUAAGCUUGUCAUACCGCCUGGCUUCCUGGAUACGCUAAAGAGUCAUCCCGCACUCAGCUUUAAGGCGUCAAUUGAUAAUGACAUGCAAAUCGAGUAUACAUACUUUGGUGGACCACCCGAGUACGUUAUCCAUGCGAUCAAAGCCAACCUCACCGGAUCCCUUCCUGCCUUCACACCUUUGCUUCACGGCAUGGUAAAGAAGAACAUGCCAAAUGUCCUCGGUCUAUACAAAGAUUGGACACCAGUCCAAAUCCACGACCGUGUCCUCCGCCUUGUUGCAAGAAACAAUGCACGUGUCUUCCAAGGCACAGCCGCCAGCCUCGACGAAGAAUGGCAAUCCGCCUCAACAGGCUACGUCCUCGCUUGCUUCGACUGCAUCCGCGCUCUCAAACAAUGGCAUCCAUGGCUUCGACCUCUCGUCUACCGCUUCAUCCCCGAACGAGCAGCUAUAAAGGAUCAAUGGGCCAAGGGUCGCAAACGCGUGAUGGCGUCUAUGUUAGAGAGAAAGCGUAAGGGAGGAAACAUUGAAAAUCCUCCUACGAUGCUGGAUCAUUUGAGUAAUGGACGGAAUGAGCAUAUGGCGGAUGAUGUCGAGAUGCAGCUUCUUCAUCAAAUGACGCUCAUUGCUGUCGGGACUGUUACCACAUUCUCCUCUACUACGCAGGCUAUUUAUGAUCUUGCUGCUCAUCCAGAGUAUGUUUCUAUCUUGAGACAAGAGGUUGAGAGUGUGCCCAGAGAUCAAAACGGUAACUUUAACCGGGACUCAACCUCGGCAAUGGAGAAGCUUGAUAGUUUCCUCAAAGAAAGUCAACGUCUCAACUCACCAGAUUUGACCACAUUCCAACGCGCUGCCGUCGCAGACAUGACCCUGCCUGACGGAACGUUCGUCCCCAAAGGUACAAAGCUCGAAAUAAAUACCUGCUCCAUCCACGCCGACAAAGACUUCUACGAGAAUCCCAAAGAGUUCGACGGUCUACGGUUCUACAAGAUGCGUCAAGGGCCCGGUCAAGAGAACAAGUACAAAUACUCUAGCGUCGGUAGAGAUGAUUUGUCUUGGGGCUUUGGACGUCAUGCAUGCCCGGGUCGAUAUCUCAGUGCGGUAAACAUCAAGCUCAUUUUGGCUGAGCUUUUGAUGAAUUAUGAUAUCAAGCUUUGUGAGGGGGCUAAGAGGCCACCGAAUAUUGAGUUCGAGGUUCUGUGCUCUCCUGAUCCGAAUUACGAAAUUUUGUUGAAGAACAGGGAACGUUAA